AAAAGUGAGGUUCCUCUUCUUCCCACCAGAAUGAUUCUCUAUUUAUUUUAUUUUUCGUUUAAUCUCUUCGUUGUUUUAAAACUAAACACGUGAAACUCUCCUGGUAAAGUUGAGAAGGGGCAGGAGUAUUAAAGCAGAGAAAGCAGUGCCCCGGCCGUGAAAUUUAGCCGGAUCGGCAAAGAUCCCUUGCAAUCUCCUCCGUGCAGGAUGGCCGGCGGCAACCAUCCGAAGUCUUCUCUCCACAACAAACCUCCGCCCUCCUCCACCUCCUCCGCCUCCCACCGUAAAUCCCGCUGGGAACCAAACUCCUCCACCGUCAAAUCUCCACCCGAUCCCAAACCCUCCACCGCCCCUUCACCCAAACCCAAGCCCAAACCCAACUCUAACCCUAACCAUAGCCCCAAACACCCAUCUGAUCACCCUCCUCUUCUCCCCUUCCCCUUCCCAGAUCCUGCCCCUCUCGGCCCACCCCCUCCUCCCGCCUACGGCUUCCACAUGCUCGAACGCCGUACCAUCGUCCUCGCCGACGGCAGCGUCCGUUCCUACUUCGCCCUUCCCCCGGAUUACCAGGACUUUGCGCCCCGCCCUCUCGACUUCCUUCCUCGCUUCCCUCCGCCCCUCAGCCCCGGUCGCUUCCGCCUCCCUGACUUCCCUCCCGGCGCCGGAAAGCGCAAGUACGGCGAAGACGAUGGCUCCCGGGAUGACCUCGCCAGACAGAGGGAACAGCUCCUCCGUAACGCCAAUGGCCUCUCUAGGAUUUCUGGCGGCGAGUUCUCUGCGGGUCCCAGCGGCGGUACCUCCCUCAAGCGUGAGUUGGUGGACCCCCCUGAAAUGAGGCCCUCCAAGCACUCGAGGCACGAUGGGGCGAGUUUCAGUAGGCACUCGCAGGUGGAUCAGGACGCGUUGAAGAAAGCCUUUGUUACCUUCGCGAAACUCAUCAACGAGAAUGUCUCGCAGAAGAGGAGUUACUUGGAGGAUGGGAAGCAGGGACGCCUUCACUGUCUUGCUUGUGGCACUGGCAGGUCUGCUAAAGAUUUUCCAGAUAUGCAUGCUCUCAUCAUGCACACUUACAACUCAGAUAACGCUGAUUCACAUGUUGAACAUUUGGGAUUGCACAAAGCUCUGUGUGUCUUAAUGGGUUGGAACUACUCAAAGCCUCCUGAUAACUCGAAGGCGUAUCAGUUUUUAUCUGCCGAUGAAGUAGCUGCAAAUCAGGAUGAUUUGAUCAUGUGGCCACCUUUGGUGAUCAUUCAUAACACAAAUACAGGAAAAAGUAGAGAUGGUCGUAUGGAGGGUUUGGGAAACAAAACUAUGGAUAAUAAAAUUAGAGAGCUUGGAUUUAUGGGUGGCAAAUCAAAAUCAUUAUAUGGAAGAGAUGGUCAUUUGGGCAUAACACUGGUUAAAUUUGCUGGGGACCAAUCAGGCUUUAAGGAGGCCAUUCGACUUGCUGAACACUUUGAGAAGGAAAACCAUGGACGCAAUGGUUGGGCCCGUGUGCAGUCACAAACAUUAGGAAAAGAUGAUGAAAAUAAUGCAAACCUUGUUAAUGUGGAUGAGAAAAAAGGAGAGAAAAGGAGGGUCUUGUAUGGCUAUCUUGGGACUGCUUUUGAUCUUGACAAAGUUGAUUUUGACACAAGGAAGAAGGCUGUCAUAGAGAGCAGGAGAGAAUACAAACCACCCAUGUAGUGUUUGACUAUAUGCCAAUGUAAAAUGGGAUACAUGGAAAGUCUUUCCAGUUGCAUAGAGACGAUUCCUGAAGAUGAUAAAAGGUUUUAUGUAUUGUGCUGACCGUUUCAAUGUACAAUAGGAGGCAGCGUUGCCAUCUUUUUUAUUUUAAUUCGAAAUUUAUACUGAAAAUUUUCUGCCAUAGUUACUAUUUAGGCACAUUAAGAAGAUUUGCAUGCCUUUACACCA